CCCCUCGGCAUUUCCCGGCCCCCACAUCCGGCUAUUGUACCCCCCCAUCCGGAGCCGGAUCCAGCCCCGGUGCUGGCAGGGAGGAACCGGGAUUCGGGGAGGAAACGGGAAGGCUGGCCAGGGCCGGCAUGGCGGGCGGCUGGGAGACAGCGCUGGGCCUGGGGCUCUGCCUCGCUGCCCUGCACCAUGGAGGUGAGUGCAGCCCAUGGGGGCCAAAAUCCACUUACCUCUGCCCCCUUCCCCACCCCGGAUCUGAGACCGUGCCCACUUGGGGCACCUAUUGGCAUCCCCCCACCUCCUUGUCACCCGACAGGCUGCCGCCUUCCCAGCAUGGCCACAGCGCUCCAAAUGUCACCUGUGCUGCAGGACAACUUCCGCCUGCAGCCGGGUGAUUUGGUGAUCACAGCGGGGCAAGUACUGGAGCUGCACUGUGUCCCCCCCUUGGGGUACCCUGAACCCUACAUUACCUGGAAGAAGGACGGGGUGACCCUGGACUUGGUAGGUGGCAGGUACGUGGUCACCAAGGGGAAGUUGCAGGUGGCAUCGGCACAACGGAGCGACUCCGGUCUCUACAUCUGCGUGGCGGCCAACGCGGCGGGCAAGAGGGAGAGCCGGGGUGCCCGCGUCUCUGUGCUGGAGAAGCCGAGCAUUGUGCGGCACCCAAGCGACGCCGUGGCGGUGGCUGGCAGCACCGUGGAGCUGGGUUGCAGCGCCCGAGGUGACCCAGCGCCACAGGUGCAGUGGCACAAGGAGCAUGGAGACCUGCCCGGGGGCAGGUACGAUGUAGACCGGGAGCACACUCUGCGCCUCUACGCCGUGACGUCCACUGAUGCCGGCGCGUACGUGUGUACAGCACAGAGCCAGCUGGGCACUGCCGCCGCCACCACCUUCCUCCACGUCAGGGAGGACCGGCUGGCAACGAGCCAGCAGGUGGCUGCACAACGGGACCUGCUGGCUGUGCGGCUGCACCUGGACAACGGCACUGCACUGCCCACUGCCGCCGUGCAGCUCCGCUGGCAGAUGCUGAUGCCGGUGCCAGUGCCUGUGGGCUACAUGGUGCUGUACCGCAGCCUGCUCCCGGUCACCACCUCCUGGAUCCAGCACGACGCGGGCAGGGAGCUCAGCGCCGUCAUCCCUGCGCUCCGCAGGGGCUACAAGUACGAGUUCAAGGUCCGACCCUACACUGGAGGGACCCAGGGCUCAGACAGUAACAGCAGGCACCUCUGGAUACCUGAGGAAGUGCCUAGUGCAGCACCCCAGCGUGUCACCAUCCAGGCUGAGACAGGGAACGGCACCGUGGUCGUGAGCUGGGAGCCACCUCCUCCUGAAGCCCACAACGGCGUCAUCCGGGGAUACCAGGUCUGGUCGAUGGGUGAGGGCUGGCAGCGUCCCACCAACAGGACAGUAGAUGGAGCCACCCGCCACCUGGAAACCCUCCUCCCACAGCCUGGGGCCGAAUUCUGUGUCCAGGUGGCAGCUUUCAACAGCGCAGGGCUGGGGGUUCCCAGCAAUGCCACGUGUGGAGUCCUGGGGCUGACAGCAGGGAGCAGCAGGGUGGUCCAGGCACUGCGGCAGCCUGCUGUCAUUGCAGCCGCUGGUUCCAUGCUCUGGUUGGCCUUACUCGCCCUCCUCCUCCUCCUCUGCCAGCGCCGUGCCAGCCAGGAAGCCGCAGCUCGCCACAGGCUGAUGGCUGGUGACUCGCCAUGGCUUGGUGGUCCCUGGAAACCCAGCUGUGCCCCUCGAAACCUCAGCAGCAGCAGCAGCCUCAGCAGCCGACUCCUGGGCAGUGAUGGCAGGGACCCCCACCCCUCCACCCUCUCCUUGGAGCCGUCGAGCCUUGGCCCCCCCACGCCCCCUAUCCACAGCAGCCUCCGUGGGGGACACCCACCCCCGCUCAGGGACAUGGGGUGCUGCAGUGGGGGACACCCCGGGGUGCAUUCCUCACCCAGCACCCCAAACCCAGCACCCUGGGAGCGUGUUCGCAAGAGAGAGCUGCAUCAAGUACACAGCACCCCGCUGCUCGUAGCUGGCCCCAGCCACAUCCCUGUUACUGCCAGUGGAGGCGAGUGGGGGACAGAUUUUGGGUUGGCAGCCAGGCAGCCUCAGCAAAGGGGACAUGAAGGUGACAUGAUGGACAGCAGAGACCCACGGCUACCCAUCUUCAGCUCUCCAAAGCCACGUCGGGGCAGCACUUCACUGGCCUCCGGUGUAACCUGGUCACCAAUGACACCCCCGAGACCACCCCAUGCCUGGCACCCGCCAGUGACAAGGUGCCCGGCCUCUGUGUGCCCCAGGGACACAUCUUCAGUCAUGCAACGCCCCAGGGACACAUCCCCAACCACUGAGAGCCCCAAGGGUGUGUCACCAGCCACCAGGAACCCUAGGGACAUGUCCUUGGUCACUGAGCACCCCAAGGACAUGUUCCUGGACAGCAGGUAUCCUAAGGAUGUGUCCUCAGUCACCAGGAGCCCCAGGGACAUGUCACCAGCCACCAGGCACCACAAGGAUCCAUCACCAGCAGCCAAGAACCAGAGGGACACAGUCUUGGCAGCCAGGCACCCUGAGGACACCUCCCUGGUCACCAGGUGCCCCAGAGACCCAUUACCAGUGGCCAAGUGCCAGAGGGACAUCUCACUGUCCACCAGGCACCCCACAGACAUGUCCCCAGCCAGCAGGCACCCUAAGGACACAUUCCCAGGCACGAGGCUCCCCCAGGAGAUGUCCCCAGGCACGAGGCUCCUCAAGGAGAUGUCACCAGCCACCAGGCACUGCAGGGACAAGUUCCUGGCCUCCAGCAGGCUCCCUGAAAACAUGUCACCAGCCUUGAGGCGUCCCAACGACACACUGCCAGCCACUGAGCACUCCAGGGACACAUCCCCACUCACCAGGCUGCCUGAGAAGAUGUCACCAGUCUCUGAGCACCACAGGGACAAGUUCUUGGGCACCAGCAGGUACCCUGAAAACAUGUCACCAGCCUUGAGGCAUCCCAAGGACACAUCUCCAGGCACCAGGCACCCUAGGGACACAUCUCCAGCUACCAGGCAUCCCAGGGACACAUCUCCAGCCACCAGGCACCCUAGAGACACAUCUCCAGCCCCCAGGCACCCCAGGGACACAUCUCCAGCCCCCAGGCACCCCAGGGACACAUCUCCAGCCACCAGGCAUCCUGAAGAGGUGUCUCCAGUCACUGGUCACCAGAAGGACACGUUCUUGGGCACCAGGUACCCCAAGGACACAUCCCUGGCCACCGGGCGUCUCUCGCCAGCAUUCAGUGAUGGGGUCCUCACACAACAGCAGGUGGCCGAGGUGCUGGAGAUGGACCAGGACACUACCUGCUGCAGACCCCCAGCACCGACCACACCGCGGUCCUUCUCACCCCUGCACACCUACGGCUACAUCUAUGGGCCACCAGCCUCCGAGCUAGGCGAGGAGGAGGAGGAGGAGGAAGAAGAGGAGGAGGAGGAAGAGCGUACAGCAACGAGGGGCUCGCCAGGAGGGUCACUGCUGAACGGCUGGGGGUCUGUCUCAGAGGACAACUUUGCCAGCACCCGCUGCAGCCUGGUGAGCUCCUGUGACAGCUCCUUCCUCCUGGAUGCCAGCUUUGCCCGGGCGCUGGCCGUGGCUGUCGAUGGCCUCUGCUGCAGCCUUGAGGACACCGAUGGGACCUACGGGGGUCCCUCCCCACCACCAUCACCCUUGGAGCAGGUCUUCCCACCUGGAGUCCACACUUCCACCUGGGACUGGUGGACAGCGCUGGAGGUGCCACAGAGGACCAGGACAGAGGCAACCAUGAACAGUAGCUCACAGACUGGUGGCAGGGAUUGGCAGUCCUUGGGCCAGGGAAGGUGCUGAGCUGGGGACACGAGGGACAGGAGCAUGGCACGACGCAGCAAGGCCGGAGUCCCCUUGGCUCAGUUAAAAUCCAGCUUUAUUAGGCAGUUCCCCAAACAGGGGCUCUUUACUAGGAAAAGCCACCCACAAAGGGCGGGUGGCACCGAGGUGGGUGGGUGUCCCUCCUUAUUCAGCAUUCUUGUCCUUCCCAAGUGUCCUCCUCCUUCCACAGUGUCCCCAUCCCUCCUCAGUAUCCCCACUCCUUCCCAAACCCCUCAUUCCUCCCCAGCAUCUCCAUCCUCCCCGAGAGUCUGCUUCCCUCAAAGUGUCCUUGUCCUUCCUCAGUGUCUCAGUGUCCUCCUUCUUCUCCAGCAUCCUUAUGCUCCCUAUCCUUCUCCAGCCCAAGCACUGUUGUCCACCCAGUGUCCUUGUCUUUUCCUAGGGUUGUUGACCCCCUGACCAUUCCCAUUCUUGCUGACUAUUCCCAUUCCUUCCAACUGUCCAUGUCCUUUCUGAUAAUUCUUGCCCUUCCUCAGCAUCCUUGUCCCACCUUGUCCCUCCUUGUCUCUCCCAAGUGUUCUAAUCCUUCCCAAGCCACCUGAGUGGCCUUGUGCUCCCUGUAAAUGUCCCUGUCCCUCCUAAUCAUCCACAUUCUCAGGCUUUUCAGCCCUCCUGAGUAUCCUCAUCCUUCAUCAGUUGUUUUGUCCACAGUGCCAAGUGUCCUUGUCCUUUCCCACUGUCCUCAUCCCCCUGUAACCAUCCUGCUUGUCCCUUACUACUGUCCUUGUCCUUCCAAGAAAUCUUGUUUUUCCCAAAAGUCCUCUUCCCCCAGCAAUCCUCAAUCCCCUGGAAAUCCUUGUCCUUCCUCCAUGUUCUCCAGGCAUCCCCAGCCUUCUUUGUCGCUCACCAGCACCUUCAUCCAUCCACUGUGUUCUUGUCCCCUCCAUGUAAUCUUGUCCCCCACCAAGUGUCCCCUUCCCUUUCAAUCUCCUCAUUCCUUCCAGACGUCCUUUCCCAGUAUCCUUCUUCCUCCCAGCUGUCCAGGAUCCUCGCCCCACUGAAGCAUCCUCCUCACCCCUCCCCAGCGCCCUCAUCCCUCUCUGCUCAUCUGUCCCAACUGUUUCUAUCCCCAGGGUUCAUGUCCUUCCCUGAGCAUCUUCCUUGUCCCUCCCCAGGGUCCUCAUUCCUUGUGAAUUCCUUGCCCCACCCCAAGAAUCCCUGUCCCCCCUCACGCUGACGCCCACUGGCCGCGACCUCUGUGCAACCCUAUUUCCAUGGAGCGACUCCGAAAUUAAAGAUCAUCCCUCCGUGUC